CUUCUAAUAUAUUUUUAAAAGGAUCCCCUCCUCUCUAUUUCUUCUGGUACAGUCCAACCCGGCACAGAGCGGUGAAUCAUAAGAGCUUUUAGAGUGACAGCCUAUAAUUCCCCCUUUUCCAAAACUGAGAAGAGCAGCUGAAGGUUGUAGAGAGUGGUGCAUUGGAGAGGUGCGGGGAGCAAAGAGAGCGCGGACUCAGGGAAGGACAGGGGGUCUCCCUGGCGCACGAGGGCCUGGAAGGCAGGACUCCUGGGUCCCCUGGGAAGGGAGUGUUUGCAGGGGGCUGUUCUUGCACGGUCUAAAUCUCGCCUUGGGACUCUGGGGCCGGGCAGGGCUCGCAGGACGGCUUGGAUCGCCGCGCAGCCACCAAGAUGAAGCAAGAGAAUAUCUUCCUCUUCGUCCCCAACCUCAUCGGUUACGCCCGCAUUAUCUUCGCGUUCAUUGCUUUUUAUUUCAUGCCAACGUCCCACUUGACGGCGUCUUUCUUCUACCUGCUUAGCGGUUUCCUUGACGCCUUUGAUGGCCAUGCAGCGCGGGUCCUUAACCAAGGCACCCGCUUCGGCGCCAUGCUGGACAUGUUGACCGACCGCUGUGCCACCAUGUGUCUGUUGGUGAACCUGGCCAUGCUGUACCCUGAAUCUGCCCUCUGGUUUCAACUCAGCAUGAGCCUCGAUGUGGCCUCCCAUUGGCUCCACCUCCACAGCACGGUGGUGAAAGGCGGCGAGAGCCACAAGAGCAUUGAUUUGUCAGGGAACCGGAUCCUCCGGAUAUACUACAGCUCCCGGCCCGUCCUCUUCAUCAUGUGCGCUGGCAAUGAGCUCUUUUACUGUAUGCUGUAUUUGCUGUGCUUUGGGGAAGGACCAGAAAUCCUGCCAGGACCUGUGGGUCUCUAUCGCCUGGUACUGUGGGUUUCCACCCCCAUCGCCAUCACCAAGAGUCUCAUCAGCCUCAUCCACUUGAUCUGUGCCUCAUGCAAUAUGGCAGCUUUGGACGCAGCCGAACGUGCAAAGAGGAAAUAGUGUUUUAGAGGUGGCGGUGCAGGGGAAGGAGCGUCAUUUCCCCUCCUCAAGCUUCCACUGGAAUCAGCAGCCAAUCCUCCCCAAGCCGGGAUGGGGUUUUGCCUCAGAUCAGCUACUCCAGUUGUGCUGCAGUUCUUGAUUGCCGCAACGCCUCCCCUUCCCCCCCAAAUCCUCACACAGCCCCCGCCCUGCAAUGAUGCUUUGUGAGAUGACGGUAUGGAUCCUAUUCUUCCUGCUUCCUUCAUUUCCAGACUGCUUUAUCCUCUCUAGAACAUCAGCCGAUGGGGAGGACUUUACCUCAGUUGUGAUCUGAUGGGAGAGAAAUUUGAUCCACCAUUUUGCGAGCAGCUAAAUUAAAGGCUGUCUGGGCCUUGUGGUUUUAUUCCUUACACACCACAGGUGUGUCUUCACUGGUAGAACAAAAUUCACUUGUGAGAGUAGCCCUGUUGAUUCCUGCCCUAGUUGCAUGUUUUCCAGGGACAUGUAGAAGUAACCCUUCAAGCAGGAAUCCCUAUCUUUUGAAGAAUUCUACCAAAUAUAUCCGUACCUAGGCAGAGAAUGGAUCAGCCAUUUCCUUUUGAAUAUCCUAAUGAGAGCUUGAAAAUUAAUAUUAUACAACUUUAUAAGCUGGCCUUACUUGUGGCUUCCGCAGAAGGUCCCGUAUUUCAUGGCGCGCUAUCCUGGGAUUAUAUCUGGCAUUUUAGUUUAACCAUUGGGCAUCCACUUUCAAGGAGUGGCCUAGAUGGGGCUCUCUCACAGUAUUUUCCACACCGCAAAAAUGCUUGACAUACAGGUGCCAUGUGGAAGCAGCUCCUUGGGAUUCUGUUCCCGAUCCACAUUUCUUCCCACAAUGCUUUGCCUUCAGAAUGUCUGUUAUAUUACCUUGUCUGUCACCUUUGCCUGUGUUUGCUGCACAGCUGAGGGAUUCUCCGAGGGAGUGGAGAAGAAACCAUUUUGCGAUGGCAGUACUGAGUCUUAUUCUCACGGCUUCGCCACGCUUCCCAUGCGUUUAUGCGCGAUUUCAGGCUGACCUUGGUUGAAACCUGCUGAUUUCCUCUGCCCCUCCCCCCAUAAUCAUGUGUUUACACUUUCUAAGGCAUGCACUAGGACUUGGUUGUGAGGUAAAUGCUGGCUGUUGUUGGCAGCCAUCUUGUUUACUGUAAUUUCCCCAUCUCUAUUGGAAGUAAAGCUUUGCCUGCCCUGAAACUUCUUGGGGGCAGGGGCCAGAUGUGGCUCACCUUUCUGUCUGUCUCAUUUAUGAUCUGGGGGUCUCCAGCUGAGGAUAGGCAACUCCCGGGAGCUUUUGGGGGCAGGGCAAUGUGUUACUUGGCCCCGUAACAUCACUUCCGAUUGUAUAACUGGAAGUGACUUCACGUGUUGCCACUUCUGGUUCUGUGGCCCAGUUUUGGCCCCCCAGUUUCUCCUGGUGUGUUGGGCAGCAGUGGAGCUGUACCAGGAGACCAGGUCCCCCUACUGGGUCUACAGUAGCUCGUAGAGAUGGGGGAGGGUCACUCUAGGCCCAUAGGAUCCUUUACUCUUUUCCUGAUCAUUUAGACAGUAGGUUAAGUUGCCAUAUUGCUUCAUACGCUUAUUUCCCUUAUCUGAUCUUUCUUUUACCAGUGAUGGCUAGGUUUACAGUGACAUGGUGGCCAUCUUGGAUCUACCCAUGCCUUUUCAAUCCCCCCCCCGAAGUUAAUUCUUCAUAUUCGCCAUAAGACUACUUGUCAGAUAGUGGGAGAGAAGAAUGGACAGUGAGAGCAGGAUUGGGCAGCCAUGUUGGAAGAGGCAGGUUUGGAGGCAUUUGAGACUUGGCAGCCGUACCGGAGGGAUCAUCCUUGUAUAUUGAGCCAAAUGAGCUGUCUUUGCCACAUAGGAGUGGGGUGGGACCACACCCACACCCGUCUAGCUGGGUUAUUUGUUCGUCCUUGCUUCCUUUGAAUGUCCCACACUGUCUCCUUUGGGGGGGGGGGAGGAUCAGUGUUCACAAUAUCACUGCCACACCCUCACAGCCCCAAAUUGUAUGUAAUUUGUAUGUGUUUUAUAUAUAUAUAUAUAUAAAAACAGACGUUGUGCAAUAAGAGGCUUUCUCUCAAGAGGGAGAGUUGCUAAAAAUAAAA